CCGCAAGUACUCYGUCAACAAUCUACCAUCUACUUCAUAUCGACAAUGGCACUACUGGUAGAAAAUGAAGAAGAUUAUUCUAUUGACAUACGAGUUUACAUACAGCCCCUUUAGUGGGAAUGGCAUAUUGGCUCGCUCGCUCGUCAAAUCCUUCCUUGGAUUGGGUUGCACAGUUACUGUUUGGUGCUGUCGACCCUCGGACGGAAACGCAAAGGGCGGAUUUGUUGCUGGCAAUAAAGGGAGCGCAAGCGACAAUACCACCACCACCACCACCAGCAGCAGCAGCAGUGACAACCAUUUAGCUCCGCCCGAAAUAUCAGAAAAAUCACUGCGGCGUCUUGAAUUGUUGUCGUCGGCUGUGCCAAGAAAUGGAUGGCGACGGGUUGACGACCWAUCCUGUUGGAGGGAUUUCAAUAUAUCUAACCUCCUUCUGUCCGAUGUCGUACGAGACCAGACCGUCCAACUUAAUGCAGCAAUUUUUGAUGCAGAUGUGGUGUGUGUAAUUGAUUGGACAGGGGCUGUUGCCUAUCGGUCAAUUGUUGAUCAUGGAAAAUACCACCAAGGUGAUGAUAAUGUGAAUUGCUACACAGAUAUAACAAAAAAACUUCAUCUUUACCUCAAUUUCCGUGUCUUUAGUUCUGGAGUAGACGAUGACAAACGGCGGGACUGGUAUGAUCAAAUGGASUAUCAGGCGAUGAAAAAUGCAAAUGUUGUCGUUUCUCUGUCCUCAAAAGACACUCAACAACURUCUGCGAUACUACUUGAAAGCAAAGACAAAAGAAUCCUAGAUAUUCCCAUGGAAAUUGCUUUUCCCCCGCUUCGACAAGAUAUGGAGGAUUUUGCAAAGUUUCGCUGUACGUCAAAUGGCUAUCUUCGCUACCUACCGGAGUUCAUACAAUCUGGUAUACUGAGAACYGUUAGCAAAAACUAUUCACAUUAUGCCACUAGUGCAACCAAUACUCUCUUGUCAAAACGACCAUUAAUCGUUUGCGUGGCGCGGCAAUCUCCCGAGAAAUGCGUUCAUAGAUUCGUGGAAUUUGCAGAAAUGGCCGCCAAUAUCUUACAAGAAUUGAACCUGAUGGUUGUCUUGGCAGGUGCCCCAUCAGACGUCGAGUAUGCCAAACAAUCCCGAAAGCGACUGCUCCGGGCUGUUCCACAGGCGAUUAUCAUCGAUCGCUUUCUCUCCCCAACCGAGUUGGGAGCCCUGUUCGCGCACACUCUUAUCAAUUUUCAUCCAGCCUCAUAUGAUGCUUAUGGAAUGACCAUUGUCGAAGCUGCUGCAUUUGGGGCGCCGUCAGUUUUAGCGGGCCCAUCCAUUGGAGCAUUUCGUCUAUUAGGCAAGGACGGCUGCUUGCAAGUGGAUAUGAAUGGCGACACUGAUGAUAAUACAUUUCCCCAACAAUCUUUAAUCACUGUUGUUGAUUUCCUUAGAGAUUGCAAAAUUGACGGGAAAGCUUGGAAGAUACUUUCUCAAGUAGCUCGAGAAAAGGCGCUUGGAUGGGACGCAGAGUCUUACGGGAAAAAGAUGUUGCACAUUAUCGAUAAGUACAGUAUUUCUUGACUGCAACCAUUAAGACCACUAUAUCCUUUGUUACAUUAUUACCAAUAUUCAAUAUCCAGAUUUUACUGGUGUAACAUAAAGGUAUCCAUACAAGAAUGAAUAAAACAAAUAUAAUCUUCGGUCUAUGUCAUAGGACAGCAAAGCCCUGCUUUUGCUGUUGCAGAAUAUGAUACCAAUGCUACGCUACUGUUGAGCGUUGGAGUGUGCAUCCAAAGUGGCGAGGAAAGAAAAAUGUCAAAGACAUCUGAAGCAGUCGGUAGAAGGCAAGUUAUGACAAGUUGUCGCACAGCGUCCAUCGCUUUUUAAAUUACUCAAAUUGGAACGUACACACUUGAUUUAUAAUGCRAGAGUAUUAUGAUACGACAGCUGAAACUAGUAUUGAUUUCUAUGAGAGUCGGGAGGAGAGCAGGAAGAAAGACUACAAAACUGAAUAUGACGAUAAUGUCAUCGUCGAGAUGUUUGAACGAAGCUAUUUCAAAUUCUUCACUAGAAAGGAUUUUCAUAUGAAACGUCUCCUUCAAGAGCAUCACUUGUUGCAUUUUCAUCAGUGAAAGUUUCUACAGCCGAAGCUAAACUUUCUGUUUUCGUUUUCUUUAUCGCAGGCUUUCGCUUCUUGACACCUUCUGUCUUGACUUUUUUUGUGGAUGCCAGUGCACACAAAGGGACGGUACCUCUCAUAAACAAAGAUUGCUCAUCUGCCUCAGAUAGCCUUAAGCUUAGAGAU